UGUCCAUGGGUGUCACACCUGUUUCAUUUUAUGAGAACUCCCUAAAAUACCUAAAGGAUGGUACAUACAAAUGCCCAUUAGUCUCCACAGAAAUGCUGGGGAUGACAUUCUGUUUCUGCCCUUCUGAUAGCUGAGUGUGCACACAGUGGUUUAGGUGUUGGGACCAGCAUCACAUAACCAGCUAAACAGUAGAUUCUUCCCAGCUGUGUGUGAGGAACAGUGUGUGCACAUUUACAUGCUGCCCAGGGCGCCUUUGUGAGUCCUUUUAUUGUUGUUGUUAUUAUUAUUAUUAGUUUUUAUUAUAUGUGCAUGAGUACUUUGCCUGCAUGCAUGUAUGUACACAACGUGUGAGCAGUGCCCAAGGAGGUCAGUAAAGGCAUCAAAUCCUCCAGAACUGGAAUUUCAGAUGUUUGUGAGCCUGCAUGUGGGUGCUGGAAACAGAAUCUAAGAGCAGCCAGUGCUCUUAACUGCUGACCAUCUCCACAGCCCAAAGCAAUAUAUUCUUUGUUAUAUAUUUUACUAGCAUAAAACCACAGUUGUGUAUACAUACUCUUUUUUAUGUCUCCCCCCCCCCAGACAUGGUUUUCCUAGAUAUCUUGGAACUCAUGUGUAGACCAGGCUGGCCUUGAACUCACAGAGAUCUGCCUGCCUCUGCCUUCGGAGUGCUGAAAUUAAAGGUGUGUGCCACCACUGCCUGGCUCAUAAUGUAAUUUUUAAAUAACACUGUGACAUUGAUUCUCUCAUUGUUAACUGUCUUCAUUUAUGGAUGACAGACUUGGAGGCCCAGGCAGGGAGGACCAAAAGUUCAAAGCUAACCUGGGUCACAUACAUAUCAAGUUACAGACCAGCCUUGGCUAGAUGCUGAAACCCGUCAUCCACAAGGACAAAGACAGAGCUGAUGCACAGAGAUACUCAGUGUGCUCCCGGUUACCCAGGUGAGGAGUGGUGGUGCUGUCUGUCACAGACUCUGAGCGCACACAGUGCUCUCCUCACCCGGGGACUUCCUACUCCCUCUCUACUGUCUGCAAAACAGAACCCUCGUCCUGAGACCCAUAGUGUUAUGAAUGAACUGUGUGUGGCUGGCAUGGGUCUCCUUCCCAGGGUCCUGAGUAGACAGGGUGAGCUGUGACUGACUCCAGCUCGCUCUCUUCAUCAAGCCGCACUGAACGGUGGACACCGUGGCCGAUGCGGUAAAGCAGUCACGUGGGCCACACCCCUUUGACCACACGCUCACAAGCUGUCUUCUCUCCCUAAGUGUUUUCCCCAGACUCAGCUGUGCCCCAAGAACAACAGGGUGACCAAGGUCAAGAAUAAUGUAUUCAGAUGGAAAAGUCUAGUUCCUCAGACCAGCCUUGUGAGGCAGCCCUGGCUUCAGUGCACUCAAGAGUCAGGAGGGUGAAGCUCAGACCGCUGAAGUCUGCACAGGGACCAACAUCCCUCAGACUCCAAGGGAUCCUGUGACUGAGGAUGCAGGACCUUCUCCUGAGCUGUCCUUGCAGAAGACCAAGGUUGAAGUUGAGGGUUUGGUGUCAGAGGAGAUGGUGACAUUCAAGGAUGUGGCCGUGGUCUUCAGCGAGGAGGAGCUGGAGCUUCUGGACGCUGCCCAGAAGAAGCUGUACUGUGAUGUGAUGCUGGAGAACUUCAGGAAUGUGGUGUCCCUGGGGCAUCAGAUCGUGACUCCAGAUGUUUCACUCCAGCUCAAGAGAGAAAACAUGCUUUGGAUGUUGACGAUGGUCAGUUGGAGCUGUGAGUCUGCAGGAGCCAGGAAUCUGAAUGAGAUGGAGUCCCUUCAGGAGGCAGGAUGGAGGCACCUGCCCCGGGAAGAACUUUUCUGCUCACGCAUCUGGCAACAAGUUACCAGGGAGUUAACCCAGGGUCGAGACUGCAGGGGGAAGGAUGGAGGAACCGGCUCUGCGUUGGGGAAACAGGAUGCUGUGCAGAGCGAAGGAGCGGAGCUCAGUAAACUUUCCAGGAGGAAUUCAUUUCUUCAAGUUCACCAUGGAGAAUGCCGCAAAGAAGAGGCAUGUGAGGAAGAUGCUGGUUGCAGUCGUCAUCUUCCUGCCGUUCCAGGAGAGAAACCCUCCAAGUGUGGAACUGGGACAACACCUUCCGUCGGGUCUCCAGUCUUCAGUCCCAUCAGAGUCCGCAGAGACACAGAUCGACCCAGUCUGAAGCACUGUUUAAAAAUCUCAGUCAAAGGCCACUAUUUCAGUAUCAUCAGAGCGUCCCCACUGAAGAAAACUCAAACGGAUAUGAGGAGUGUGGGAAUCUUGGGAAAGACUCACAUGGUCAGACACCCCUGUUAGUCCACACAGGAGAUGAGGCCUAUAACUGUGAGGAGUGUGGGGCAAGCUUCAAUCAAAGCUCGUGUCUUCAAGUCCAUCAGAGUCCACGCUGCAAAGAAGCCUUGUAAGUGUGAGGAGUGUGGGAAGGGCUUCAAUGUAGGC